ACCUGCGCCAUUACAGCCUUCCCUUGAAAUGCACUCCUCCAUCUACGAACCACCGAUCCACCAGCUACCGAUUGUUAACAUUUCACCCAUAAAAGAAAGAUACCCUUUUGCUCUUUUUUCACUCUUCUUGUACAAAAGAUUCUCCUUUUCUGUGUUUCAAUCCCAACUGCCGAAGACUGGUUCUUGAACCGAAUUUCUGUUAACAUUAAAAAAAGAAACCCAGAAAUGGUGGAGACAUUGCCGGUUGGGCGGUUUCAGUUGCAACAACAAAGGCUGGAACUUAAGAGAUGGAUUCCGGCGUUUCUUUCUUCGCAUAAAACGCUCUUUGUUCUCCUCUGGAUCGCAGCUUUCGGUUCGGUUUUUUUCUGGCAAUGGAAUAUCGGUGGGAGUGGGUUUUCGAUAUUCGCCAAUGUUGGGCCGGGUCGGCCUAUGCCCAAGAUGCGUCCUUUCGCGUUUAAUUUGACUGAUUUCGGUGGGGUCGGGGAUGGGGUCGCCGAUGAAACGGCAGCGUUUGAGAGGGCUAUCUUGGCGAUUUCCAAGUUUGGGAAGAGAGGUGGUGCGCAGCUCAAUGUGCCGCCUGGGAAGUGGCUUACGGCACCGUUUAAUCUUACUAGUCAUAUGACUUUGUUUCUAGCUGAAGAUGCUGAGAUUCUUGGAAUCCAGGACGAGAAGCGGUGGGCUUUAAUGCCUCCAUUGCCUUCAUAUGGGUACGGAAGAGAGCAUAAUGGAUCUCGGUAUGGGAGUUUAAUCCACGGCCAAAACCUCAGAGAUGUUGUUAUAACUGGGCAUAAUGGUACCAUAAAUGGACAGGGUCAAUCAUGGUGGAAGAAGUAUCGUCAAAAGCUACUCAACCACAGCAGGGGUCCACUUGUGCAGAUAAUGUGGUCUAGUGACAUUGUAAUCUCUGAUAUAACCUUACGCGAUUCUCCCUUUUGGACUUUUCAUCCAUAUGACUGCAAGAAUGUAACAGUCAGGAAUGUUACUAUCCUGGCUCCCAUAUUUGAAGCCCCAAAUACUGAUGGAAUUGAUCCUGAUUCAUGUGAAGAUAUGGUAAUAGAGGAUUGCUACAUAAGUGUUGGUGAUGAUGCAGUUGCAAUAAAGAGUGGCUGGGAUCAAUAUGGCGUAGCUUAUGGACGACCCUCGAGAAACAUUCUUAUCCGAAACCUUAUUAUCCGCUCCAUGGUCAGUGCCGGCAUAUCAAUAGGCAGUGAGAUGUCUGGUGGGGUAUCUAAUGUGACUGUGGAAAAUGUCCUUGUCUGGAGUUCUAGGCGUGCAGUUCGAAUCAAGACUGCUGUUGGAAGAGGUGGUUAUGUUAGAGAUAUAACCUAUCGAAAUCUUACAUUUGAUAAUGCCCGAGUUGGAAUUGUCAUCAAGACAGACUACAAUGAGCACCCUGACGAUGACUUUGACCGAAAGGCCCUCCCAAUAAUAAGGGACAUUAGCUUCACCGAGAUACAUGGUCACGGAGUUCGUGUACCUGUUAGAAUACAUGGAAGCAAAGAUAUUCCCAUCAGAAACGUGACGUUUAGGGAUAUAUCUAUUGGGAUAACAUAUAAGAAGAAGCAUAUAUUCCAGUGUGCCUUCGUUGAAGGCCGUGUAAUAGGGACCAUCUUCCCUGCUCCUUGUGAAAACCUUGAUAGAUACGAUGAGGAAGAAAGACUCGUAAAGCUCUCUGCGGCCCAGAAUGUAACAGAUAUAGAUUAUGACAUAUGAGAAAGCAGGUGUUCACCAUCAGCCAGCCAUUCUUUCCGGGAUAAAAAACGCUGUAAGUCUGUUUGUAAACGAUAAUUUUGCAAAACGAUGGUGGAGAAGAAGAGUAAGCAUGUUUUAUUUCUUUCCAUGCCGUUUUUGGCUCCACUUUUAUAACUUCUUUUUGAUUCACUGAGUUGUGUACAGAAAUUUUCUAGUAGUUAUAUAUAUUUCCCUCAGCUUACUAAAA